CUCUUCCCUUUUUUUUUUUUUUUUUUUGAGAGGGCGGGCGAGCGAGCGAGAGAGAGAAAGAGGAGAUCGAAGAAUAGGAUCGCUGCGAUCGAGUCGAAAGAGAAGGAAACGGGAGGCAAUUUGAGUGAUUCGUCCUCUGAUUCUUCUUCAAUUCUUCGGCUAUGUGAUGAUGAACUGUUUGAGCAUACAUAAAGUUGAAUAAAGAGGAGGCUUUUCUUCUAUUCUCCUGCAAGAUGACCAAUUUUAAGCUAGGAAAGAAGCAAACCUUUGCGAGCUCAUCCUGUGACGUUCAGCCUACAAGUAUGAUGGAGCCACCUUCUUCACCUAUGAAUCUUAAUUCUGUCAAGCCAAAGGAACAAGUUCAACCUCAGUCUGCAGUGAAUUUACCACAUGGGAAAUCAUCCUUUAUACUUCCAAAUAGUGACAUCGAUGAAUUAUUGGAGUGCCCUGUCUGCAAGAAUGCAAUGUUUCCUCCUAUCCAGCAGUGUCCAAGUGGGCACACUUUGUGUUUUUCUUGCAAAAACAAAGUCAACAACAAGUGCCCAAUCUGCCGAAAGGAAAUCGGUCACAUCCGUUGUUUAGCACUGGAAAAACUUGCCACUUCACUCCACUUAUGUUGUUCAUACCACUGCCUCGGCUGCAAAGAAAUGCUGCCCUAUUACAGCAAGUUACAACACGAAACACAGUGCAUUUACCGGCCUUACACAUGCCCCCAUCCUGGUUCAGAUUGCCCCUUCACUGGAGACAUUCGCGAACUUCUGUCGCAUCUGAGACAAUGCCACAAGUUGGAUCUUCAAGUAGGAAGCACUUUCCAUCACCGUUAUGUGAAACAGGAUCCUCGUUCUGUCGACAAUUGCUCAUGGACUCUAACUUUAUUCAACUGCUUUGACCGUUACUUCUGCCUGCACUUCGAGGCAUUUGUGCUGGGAUGUGAGCCGGUUUAUAUGGCCUUCAUCCGUUUCCUAGGGGAAGAGUCCGAAGCUAGAAAAUUCAACUAUUGCCUUGAAGUAGGAGGUCAUGGACGCAAGAUGAAGUGGCAGGGUGUGCCUCGAAGCAUCAGGACUCACCACAGGGUGGUCCGAGACAGCCACGAUGGGCUCCUGCUUCACCGGAACUUGGCCAUCUAUUUCUCUGGUGGUGAUCAAAAGGUGCUGAAGCUGCGAGUCUCCGGCAGGAUCUGGAAGGAGACCUGAGGCAUAAUCCAAGGAUUAUGGAAAAGCAUCUCAUCUCUUGUAGAGGGUUCCAUUUUUUUUUUUUUUCCUCAUUUUUAGCUGUCUUAGCAGUUGCAGUCCAGGGUCUGAUUGAACCUUUAUGUGUUUAAUCCUGUGGGCUGGUGUGAUUUUGCAGAAAUAUCUUCUACUGCAUUGCUAAAAUCUUAGUAUAUAAUUGCAGCUUGAUUUAGCAAA